AUGAUCAGGCUUGGGGAGAAUCCUGUCUUCGGGAAGAUUUACCAAAUAAGAUAUAGAGACAGGACGGCGGUAGCGAAAAGACUCCGUGGGGUGACUGUGAUACAGACAUAUGGAAUGAGGAUCGAGGGGAGCAUCACAUGCACAAAUGAGAGCGACCUGCUGGAAGCUCUACGGCGGCUGGCACCCAGGAGGGAGGAUGUGGCAAUAUUGAGUCCCUCCACAUUGAUAGUCAACGCAGAGAUAUACAAAAUGUUUAGGCUGCUGAAUGCUGUGGGCAUAUCGCUAUUUUUAUUUGUUCUUCAAGACAACCCCGUCUGGUACGCGGACGAGGUUAUGCGCGCCUGA